AUGUCGACAAUUAGUUUACUAGAUCAAUUUGAUGUUUCAGGAAAAGCAGCAAAACGAGCGGGUUUUGGAUUAGAUGGUUACUUGGUCGCCAACUCCGUCUCACACCAUUCGGGAGAUUCCAGUACGACUUGGUCCCCCAUCAUCACCAUGCUGUGUCAAGUUGUAGAGCAUGAAGCUAUGCAAGAAGAACAGCAUGCAAGAAGUCGAAAAACAAAAUCUACAAAUUUCACUCAUGUUCAAGGCAAAGUUCAAGAAGUUUUCAAACUAUGGGUCAGGAACUGUGGCGGCUCAUCUUUUGACAAGCUUCAUGAGAGACAGAUCAAGGAAUUAGACGAACGAAAUCAGAGCUUUCCAUAG